CACUCACACACUCACACACUCGCACACUUUGGCUGUCUGAGAGAUAACAUUUACUCUUCAUUCUUCAGCCGCAGUGUUUUGGUGUGGUGUUCAGAUGCGCUACACGUUUAAGCCGGAUGACUGUAUGGUCAUCUCCAUUCCUCUGGGCAGCAUCAGGAACAUGAGGGACGGUCAGCUGAUGCCAGAGAAAUUCACCUGCGUCUUCAAGGAUGCUUAUAAAGUAUUUCUGAAAGGACGACCAAAGGAGCUCGGGGCUGCUCAGCUGAGUAUUGGCGCCUUCAUCAUCUGCAUUGGCAGCCUCCUUUCUCUCGAAUACAGUUCAGUUCAUCUGAUAUACACCCUACCUAGUGUACUGUUCAUUGCUACUGGCGUUAUGACCUUUGCAUCUGGAAGUUCUCCAUUAAUGCCAGUGGUGAAGCUGUCGUUCAUCUUCAACAUCAUCAGCCUCUUCUGGUCCAUCACAGUUCUGGUUCUUUGCCCAUUUUUACCAGAUGAUACCUCAUUUGGUAACAGUCCUAAAGGAACCAGAAAGUUUCAGAUGUUCAUUGGGCUGAAGGUAGUGAUCGGUGUUUUGGGUGGGGUUGAGCUGAUUCUGGCUCUGGCUCUGAUCUACUGGGAGAGUAAAGCUGUGUGCAGACCUCAUUUCAACACUCUGCCCCUGAUCACCAUCAAGCAAGACAUCUGAUUGGACGGUUGGUUGACGGAUGAGCCAAUCAGAGUCAAGUUUUCUCCAUGAGGUCGUCUGUGAAUUUGUAUUAUUGUGUAUAUAGUUGUUUGUCUUUUUAAUGCCUCUGCUUGUACACUCUCAGAAAUAAAGGUACGCGAGCUGUCACUGGGGUGGUAUCUUUUCAAAAGGUACAAAUUUGAACCUAAAAGGUCCAUAUUAAUACCUCAAGGGUACAUAUUAGUACCUCAAGGGUACAUAUUAGUACCUAAAAAGUACAAAAGUGUUCCUCUUAAAAUGUUUAGGUACUAAUAUAUACUUUUGAGGUACCAAUAUGGACCCUUCAAGUACAAAUGUGUUCCUGUUGAUAAAGGUACCACCCCAGUGACAGCUCGCGUACCUUUAUUUCUGAGAGUGUAGAGUAUGAGGGUCAAUCAGACUGUCAACAUAUUAAAUGUCUCAUUGUAAAUGUUACAUUACAUGUUUCACACUGUUAAUGGCUCUAGAUUAAAGAUGUUUUGCAUUUGGAUAUACACAUACAUACAAUGCUCAGCAUAUAUGCGUACCCCCCUCACAAAUCUCUCUUUUUAAGUUCAUAUUUUAAUAGUAAGCUAUGUAAUGUUAUAUUUGUGUAUAUACAUUACAUUAGUCAGUACUGAAGCCAAAUCUGGAGCUAAUCUAACAAAAUAACUUGUUUUUUGAUCGUUUUCACAAGUACAGCCAAAUUUAUUUGUUAUAGAAAAAUAUUAAAUACAAUUUUAAAUAGAGGAAAAAUUUAAUGAAAUUUUGUUUAGUUGUAAUUUUAUUUUGCUUGGAUUUAAUUGUAUUAUCUUUCAAUUUCUAAAUAUGUUUGGUGACUAAAAUAUUAUUUUAAUAAAUGUAUCUAUUUAAUAAAUCUGUUCUGUUGAAAUGCUCUAAAAUACAUUGCCUAUAUUCACAGGGAAAUGGAGACAUUUUUUCAAAAUGGGCUGUAGUCCAUUAUGCUGAGCACUGUAAAUAUAAGUACACAAUAACAAGCUCGAAUACUUAUUAAAACUAUGUUUCAUUAGCUAUUAUUUGUUGGAAAAAAUCUUCUCAUUAAACAGCACUUAAGAAAUAUUUAAUAGAAUUUAAAGUUUUACAGGGCUGCUAAUGAUUUUGACUUCGACUAUGAAGAGUUUAGAUACAAAACCCUCUAAGUGCCGUCUGAAGAUUUCUUCUAAUAUUAGCCUUUUUCUCAGGCUCCUAUAUCUUGAUUCAGUAAUUUCACUUUUAUGGCAAAGAAUAGAUUACUUUCAUCACUUAUAACAUGAAAUAACUGAACAUAAACACACGAGCUUUAGAAAAAUGCUCAUUGUAGAACAAAAUUCCAGAUGGCACUUAAAGGUUUUUGCAUCUGAACUCUUCAUAUG